AUGACAAGUAGCUCAGACGCGGAGACAGGUUCCAUGAAGAAAGACGUUCGGAACGGAGAGCAGCAAACCAGAAAAAAGUUCAUUACAAGCGUGGCAGUGAUAAAGGAUGGCACUGGCAGAAUACUGACUGAUGAGGAAAAUAUGAAGAAAUGGUGGGAGGAGUAUUUUCGUGAGCUACUUAAUACUGAAAAUGAGAAAAAGCCACUAGAUGCAAUCGAUGCGGUUGGAGGACCUGUCCAAAACAUCUCCACAGAAGAGAUAGUGGCAGUGAUAAAAGAUAUGAAGAACAACAAAGCUCCAGGACCAUCGGAGAUUACAGCUGAACAUCUCAAAAAUCUAGAUGAAGAAGGGAAGUCAUGUAUUGGUAUCUACGGAAAGAAGGGAACACCGGAGAAGCUGGUAAGGCUAGUAGAAGCAACAUACAGGAAUGCUGCUACCAAGAUUGUGACACAACAAGGAGACUAUGAUGAAUUUGAAAUUACAGUUGGAGUCCAUCAAGGUUCGUCACUAAGCCCCUUUUUAUUCAUCAACAUCAUGGAUACCUUGCUAGAAGAUGUGAGAACCAACAUAGCCUGGGAACUACUAGUCGCGGAUAACGUUGCAUUAAUCUCUAAUACAGAAGAAGAACUACAGCAAAAAUUAAAAUUUGGCAGACUAAACUACAAGAUGGAGGCCUGA